GAACUAUGUAACUGUAGAUGGAGCAGCUUGCGUAAUAAAAUUAGGUUAGUACAUUGGAUUUCAAAACAGGCCCGGUGGAAGGUAUAGGUGUGUGGUUGAUAUGUCGUUCACCGUAUGACAUUUUCAUUGGGAAUAGAGCAACAAGUCGAAGAAACCGUACAAGUCAAUGAUACGCCCGUUGAUCCACCUGCAGAAAUGGAAGCGCCAAAUCAGAUCAAGGAAUUCAAAAAACCACUGAAUGGACGGGAAGUUCUCAAGACUCCACCUCUCAGCGAAAUGUUAAAACAACAGAGCGUGCCCGUGAAAGGCCGGGAACAUGUUCGACGUAGUCCCAGAGUUGAUGACGGCGUAUUUUUUGGGACGACCUUUGACGGCGUUUACACGGUACAUGAUAUGUUUAUGCAUGGCUAUAAAAUCAACCACGAUGCUCAAUGUGCUGGCUGGAGACCGAAACCUGACGAACCAUACAAGUGGGUAACCUAUCAACAGGUAUACGAAAAGAUUUGUAAAAUAGGAUCAGGCCUCAUCGAAAAAGGAGCGCAGACAAAUCAAGAUCAAUUCAUAGGAAUUUAUGCUAAAAAUAGCUUGGAAUGGCUGGUAAUUGACCGUGUUUGUGCUGCUUAUUCAAUGGUUUCGGUGCCACUUUAUGAUACAUUGGGACCAGAAUCGAUGACUCACAUUGUGAACCAAUGUGAGCUCGGAAUUAUUAUUGUUGACACCAACGAGAGGACAAUGAAGUUGCUCGCAGAUGCCAAGUCAGGAAAAACCAACACUCUCAAGCUCCUUGUAGUCGUCGAGACCCCCACGGAAGAUACUAAAGCAUUAUGCAAAGAGCUAUCUAUUGGGUUAAUUUCGUGGGAUGAGCUUGAAGAAGAAGGUAAGGCAUGUGGUUUGAAAGAAUUUGUACCUCCUAAGUCAGAUGACCUUUUCACAGUCUGUUACACAAGUGGAACAACCGGAGCUCCAAAAGGUGUCAUGCACACCAACCUCAAUGUCGUGGCUCUUGCUUGUGCAUUUCUUGCCAGUAGCUCAGACUACUUUUAUGGUCUAUCACCUUCAGAUGUUUUAUUUUCCUAUCUUCCAUUGGCGCACGUUUUCGAGAGGUAUAUAGAAUGUGGGGUAUUGAUGCACGGUGGAAGCAUCGGUUUCUAUCAAGGUAAUCCAAAGUUACUAAUGGAUGAUGCUGCAACUUUGAAACCAACUAUCUUUCCUAUGGUUCCCAGACUUGUAAACAGAAUUUAUGGAAAAAUCAUGACAGCUGUGGGCAACUCUGGAAUGAAAAAGGCCGUAUUCGACUUCUGUCUCAAUCGUAAGAUGUCCGCUUUGAAAAAGGGAAACGUUUCGGACGACACAAUCUGGGAUAAAUUAGUUUUUCAUAAAUUUCAGGCAGUGCUUGGUGGAAGGGUAAAGUUGAGCAUCUGCGCCGCAGCACCAAUAUCUGCCAAAGUACUGAACGUUGUUCGCUGUGUUAUGGGCAUUCCAAUCGUGGAGGGAUAUGGCCAAACUGAAACUACCUCCGGUUUCGUGAUUACCCUCUACAAAGAUUAUGAGGGUGGAAAUGUGGGCUCAGUCCUACCAAACAUGGAAAUAAAGCUUGUCGAUGUGCCAGAAAAAGAAUAUUAUGCAAAAGAUAACAAGGGAGAAAUUUGCUGUAAAGGCUUAUGUGCAUUUAAAGGCUAUUACAAAAACGAAGAGAAGACUAAAGAAACCAUUGACGAAGAUGGAUGGGUUCACACAGGAGAUAUUGGAGAAUGGUUACCAAACGGUGCGUUGAAGAUAAUUGAUCGCCGGAAAAACAUUUUCAAAUUGUCACAGGGCGAGUAUAUAGCUCCAGAAAAAAUAGAGCAGCUCUAUACAAUAUCAGAUGCUGUUGGCCAGGUAUACGUUCAUGGCGAUAGCAUCAAAUCAAAUCUAGUAGGUAUAGUAAUUCCCGAUGAAGAUAACCUCGCAAAAUGGUGCAAGGAAAAGGGAGUGGACGUUAAUGAAAACUCGUUUGCUGAUUUGUGUUCAAUGACAGAAGUAGCAAAAUUAAUCAUGGACGAUAUGAAUAAAAUCGGUCGACAGAACGGUCUCAAGUCCUUUGAAUUAGUGAAAAAGGUUCACUUAGACAGUGACCCAUUUACAGUGGAGAACAACUUGAUAACACCCACCCUGAAAUCAAGAAGAAUCCAGAUUGAAAAGAAAUACAGAGCUCAAAUUGACCAUAUGUAUGAAGACUUGGACUAAUUAGAUGACGUCAACAUGAAAAAAGGCAGAUAACCAAACAAAUUGUGCCCCGGGGGAUAGUCUGUAUCUGUCAAUAUAUUCAAUAGAAAGCAGCUUCUAAGAUAACUUUGCAGCCUUCUAAAAUUACGUGUUAUAUUAUCCCGACAUCCAUCAAAUGUUCUUUGAUGGAUGUCGGGAUAAUAUAACAAUUCUAUGAUCCAAUCAUUUUUAUUACUAUAGUUGUGGCCCUCUGGCGUUGUUUACGUUUAUUCUUGAUGGAGUAUCAACAACAAUAUAAUUUUACUCCUGUUUAAAUCCGCCAUAUUUAUUCAACCUUCAAGUUUAUUCACUUCUUUCAUUCGCAACAUCUCAGGUAGUCAUGUUAUGGUGGAACGUUUGCAUAAUAUUUUCGCCAAUAGACUCUAUUUUUGCUACUUGACUAUUAUCCAGCGUAGGUUACUAUCAAUAUUAUUUUGCAUGUCCUGUUAUGUUUUAUCUAAUGUUCUGUUAUGUAUAGAACAGCCAUUUAACAAUUUAUCAGCCAUUUAUCGUAUCUUGAAAGCUGAUCUCUUGUGCCAGCGUGCCUUAUGUUUGUGUGAUCCAAAUAUUUUGUUACGAUUAUAAACGCCAAGCAUUACUAUUGUUGCCCAUGUAUUUGUCGGACUGUAAUUUAUACGAUGAUCGGUGAUGUAUUGCAAGUUGCAGCCUACCAAGUAUGGAUCUACAGUAAAAUCUGAUCCCGAAGACUACAACGACCGAAUGUUUAAUUUAAAGCAUUUCCUGGUAUUUGUCAUCAUGGAAACGUAUAACUAAUCGAUUCACUAUUUCUGUUUAAUAUUUUCGUCCGACUUGUUUGUAUCAUUAAUAUAUAUAUUGUACCAAAUAUUCACAAUCCAGUCUUACUUUGUAAAUAAAAUGAUAUUAAUAAAACGGAUACAUUUAAAAUUGA